AUGGCCGACGACGACGACAUCGAGGACGAUGGCGACCUGGAUGACGACAUGAUGGAUCGCAUCUCGAGCUCGCCCUCAAUCGAAGAUGCUCACCAGGAACUCGGCGCUAUCGAACAUGGGGAGACGUGCAUGUAUGACUAUGAUGGAGAAUAUGGCUGUGGCUGUGGCUGUGGCUGCAGCUGCAUCCCAGACGCCUUCGUAUACGAGACCGAAGCCGAGAUUGAAGACGCCGAUACAUCGCUGACGAUACCAUACAACAAAUCCUUUGAAGAAGAUGAUGAUUCUGAUUUCUCCCUCCCCAACGACCCACGCUUCAUUGACCAUGGAUGGGCAGCAGAGUGCUUACAUGAACCAGAGGACAUCGAUUUCGAUUUCGUCUACGCCCUCCACACCUUUGUGGCCACCGUCGAGGGCCAAGCCAACGCGACCAAGGGUGACACCAUGGUUCUGCUCGACGAUAGCAACAGCUACUGGUGGCUUGUAAGAGUAGUCAAGGAUAGUAGCAUUGGCUACCUACCAGCUGAGCACAUCGAGACGCCUACCGAAAGAUUAGCGCGACUUAACAAACACAGGAAUAUCGACCUUUCCUCCACCAUGUUGACCGAUACACAAGCCGAUGGGAAGCCCAAGACUGGCUUCUCAAUCGCCAUCAAAAAGAAAGCCACUGUCGCUUUUGCCGAGCCCACCAUCCACAACUACAACCCUGAUUACUCUUCAGAUGAGGAGGAUCUCGAUGAGUUGCUAGAGGGAACUCAGGAGAAAAAGGCGCUGACAGAAGACGACGACGCUGCAGAUGACACUGCCAAGGUGGAACCGCUCAAGACCAAGUCCAAGGCCGCCAAGCAAUCUGUGCCAACCAAGGAUGAAGAAUCCGACGAUGAAGAUGUUCGGGGCAGCCUCGAUAUUGUGGAGAAGAACGGCCCCAGUAUAUCUCGUAACGGUAACAUCAGGAACACCGACUCUUUCUUUAAGGAUGAUACAGCCGAGACCAAGAAGAUUACCCUUACGCCGAAUUUGCUGCGGGAUGACGCUCCUCCUCGAGAGUCGUCUGACUCUGCCGGAUCCAAGUCUCGCGCAAGCUUAGACAAGCUUGAGAAGGAGCUCAUGUCUGACAAGGACAGGAAAAAGAGCAAGGACAAGGAGAAAGACAAGAAACCUGGCGGUUUACGAGGCUUCUUCUCACGGAAAGACAAGAAGAGGUCACCCAACGACGAUGGAACAGACGGCGAGCCCCGCGACAGCGAAGAGCGCCAGUCUGAAGAGCAGUCAUCGCCGGAAAAGGUCAGGCAGCCGGCCAAGCUGCAGAAGCCUCAAGCCCGGGUCGAGCCAUCCGUCAACGAGAAGACCCAAAACUCCACCGUGGAGCUUGCCUCUUAUCUGGCCGAGAGCCGCAUCAACGAUGUUUCCAACGUGCCUCCACCGUCAAUGCGCAUCGUCAACCCCGAGACAAACGAGACACACGAGGUUCCAUCGCAUCAGCCCCCUCGAGGCCGCCCGUCUUUGGAACAGCCAAUGUCUCCUACUGCACGCCGUGGCGAGGUAGUUACCAGCCCGAGAGCCGCUACUGGGCCGCGAUCUCCAUAUGCCCAUCUGGAGCUAUCCGAUUCGGAUGAUUCAGAUGACGGCGAAGCCAUCUUGGAUCAGAUGCCCAGGCCAAAGUCAUCAUCCACACCUGUGGCUGCCAAAGCUAUCCAAGAGGAAGAAGAGGAAGAAGCUAUUAUUCCUGGCUCUUUCCCUGAGGGUCACACUUCAUCUACUGGUGACAAGCCUCCUGCAUCUCAGCAACAGCCUCCGGCCGAAUCCAAAGCUCAACCGCCUUCAGAGCCAUCUCCCGAAUCGCCCAUUGCGCCAUCGGACCCUCCUGCUCUGAUGGUUGAUACUUCGUCUCCAGAGGAUCGAUCGCUCACUGUUUCGCCCUCUCCCGAGCUAACUCAGUCUGCCGAGGGUAGAUCUAAGAGCAGUUCCUCUUCCACCGGCAGCAAAGAACAGACUUGGGACGACAUGAAGCUACGUGCCUUCUUUGACGAGCCUGAGCAUAUUCGCGACCUCUUGGUUGUGGUAUACGACAAGACUGAUGUGGUGCCUGCAAGCAGCGAUCAUCCCGUAGUGGGUGGUCUCUUCCGAGAGCAGAAUGCCAAGUUGGCCGAAAUAACAACUCAACUUGAUAACAUGCUUGGGGACUGGCUGGCAAGAAAGCAACGAACCCGUGGAUCCCAUUGA